AUGUUGAUAUAUACCAGAUUAACCUCCCUUGAAGCAAUUGUUGCACCAAAUCAGCUUGCAAUAACAUCACAGUUUAUCUAUCUAUCUAUCUAUCUAUCUAUCUAUCUAAACAUGUUCAUAUCUAUCUGUCUACCUAUCUCAAUCAGUUCAUAUCUACAGGCACAAUCUCGUCAUUUCUUUUUCUUUUUUUGGGGGCACAAUCUCUUCAUUUCUUUCUUUCUUUUUUGGGCACAAUCUUCUUCUUUCUUUCUUUUUUUAGCACAAUCUCUUCAUUUCUUUCUUUCUUUUUUGAGCACAAUCUCUUUAUUUAUUUCUUUUUUUGAGCAUAAUCUCUUCAUUUUCUCCUCAUUUAUUUAUUUCUUUGGGCACUAUUCUUUCUUCCUUUCUUUCUUUGACCACAAUCUAUUCAGUUCUUUCUUUCUUUCUUUGAGCACAAUCUAUUCAUUUCUUUCUUUGUCUCAUCAUUAUCUGUCUCUUCAUCUAUCUCAGUCUCUUCAUUAUCUAUCUAUCUAUCUAUCUAUCUAUCUAUCUAUCUCAGUCUCAUCAUUAUCUAUCUAUCUAUCUAUAUUUAUCUCAUCCACAACAAUGCCUUCUUUUGUGAUGUGGGGUCUCAUGAAGGUGAUAGCAUCUAGGCCCAUUUCAAGCUUUUCAGGGUUCAGCUUCACUCCUACUUUAUAA